CACCACCAAAGAAGUGCAACGAGCAAAAGAAAAGAAAGAAACAGAGUAGAGGGGAAUUUAGAGUGAUUGAGAGAGACAGAGAGAAUAGUCUUUGAAUUUUGAGCAACAAAAACCAGAGAGUGAGAGUGAGACAAAAUGGAGAUUACUAACAUUGAAAUGAAGCUCUCAAAGUUCAGGAGGAUUUGUGUGUUCUGUGGGAGUAGCCAAGGCAAGAAGACUAGCUACCAAGAUGCUGCCACUGAGCUUGGAAAAGAGCUGGUUUCAAGGAACAUUGAUCUGGUCUAUGGAGGAGGCAGCAUAGGCCUAAUGGGUUUGGUUUCUCAAGCUGUGCAUGAUGGUGGUCGGCAUGUCAUUGGAGUUAUUCCCAAGACGCUCAUGCCUCGAGAGAUUACUGGUGAAACUGUGGGGGAAGUGAAGGCAGUUGCAGACAUGCAUCAAAGAAAGGCAGAGAUGGCUAAGCAUUCAGAUGCCUUUAUUGCAUUGCCUGGUGGUUAUGGAACUCUGGAAGAGUUACUUGAAGUGAUAACUUGGGCUCAGCUUGGAAUUCAUGACAAACCGGUGGGAUUGCUGAAUGUUGAUGGAUACUACAAUUCCUUGCUGUCAUUCAUUGAUACAGCUGUGGAAGAAGGAUUUGUUAGCCCAAAUGCACGCCACAUUAUUAUAUCAGCACCAACAGCAAUGGAGUUGGUGAAGAAAUUGGAGGAUUAUGUUCCAUGUCAUGAAAGAGUUGCUUCAAAGUUGAAUUGGGAGAUGGGACAGCUUGGCUACACUCAAGAAUUCGGUAUCUCUAGGUGAAAGGGGAUUGUAGCAUUCAAGCAAAAUAUUUGCCUGUGGGAAUUUCAGAAGUUGAAGAAGCUAAUUUGUAGAACUCUAAAUCUCUGAUAUGGGGAGUUUCUUUGUUGUAUAUUAUUGCAAUUGACCUUAAUAUGUCGAUCUUCAACAUUCCUUUUUGUGGAAA